AAGUGCUAGGAAGCAGCCCAGUGUGUUUCUCCUGACCCUGUCCGACUUCUUCCUGCAACCCCUCCAUGCUGGGACUAGACGACUCUCUUCUGAGGCUAAGGCCAACCAGAUAAUGCCGAACUUAGCUUCUGCACUCACUGCCUGGAGCCGGGGUAGCUGCUAAGCACUUGGGUUUCUAAGGAGUCCUUGGAUGCAGAAGGAAUAAAUACAUGGCCUUUGAGUGGAUUGCAGCCGUGACAUUUGCUGCUGGGACAGCUGCUCUCGGUUACCUGGCUUACAAAAAGUUCUAUGGUAAAGAUAAUCGUACCAAAGCUAUGGUGAACCUCCAGAUCCAGAAAGACAACCCCAAGGUCGUGCAUGCCUUCGACAUGGAGGACCUGGGAGAUAAGGCUGUGUAUUGCCGCUGCUGGAGGUCCAAAAAGUUUCCAUUCUGUGAUGGGGCUCACAUAAAACAUAAUGAGGAGACUGGAGACAACGUGGGACCUCUGAUCAUCAAGAAAAAAGAAACUUAAUGGACAUUUUCAGUGCUGCACCCCAGAGUGUUGUGAUGUCACCUGAUCGUUUAAUUAGAAUUAAUUAAUUAAUGAGACACUCACUCUGUCUGAUUGACCUCCCUGGGUUCUAGAUGUGGUUGGUACCUCGCAAAUCGCAGCUUUUGUAUUCAUGGCUUUAGCCUUGCUGUUGGAGCACGUGGUGCACAUUUGUUGAAAGGGCAUAAAAAAGAACGGCUAAACCAACCUCAUGGUAUAUGGGUUAUUUUGGUCAUGUAAGGAUCCGUUCCUUUACAGUGAUAGUCUUAGAAUAUAGAUGUAUCUGAGGUUAACAUAUUAAAUUAUUCUCAACAUCAUGUACAUGUACAUUGUACUUGUAAAUUUAAAGAAAAAUCACCUUUUCAGAUUACUUAGUUAACUUGGAAGGUGAUGGAGGGUGAUCAAGUUGCAUUGAUUUAUUACAGGAUAAGGGAAAUCUGCCAUGACCUUGUCUGUCCUUGUGGCCAAGGUGAUAGUGUGGGUUCAGCUUGUGUGUUUUAAUGUUUUCAGUCAGAAUUAACUAAAUGUUAUUCUCCUUAAAAUUGCCCAGGUCAACAAUAAAGGGGCAACAACUUC